GCAUUGACGGGUGAAUUACAGUCAACAACUACAGCGACCGUAGUGGCUCCUACUACAACGACUCCGGGCAGGCUACAUGAGACCCAACCUCUGGCAUCUCCUCGACUUGGCCCGUCCCCAGAAGGUCGUGAACAGCAUGGUCAGUCAACCCUCAGGGACGCUGAAUGUGUAUUGGCAUCGACGACCUCAGCAGGAAGUGAAGGUGCGGAAGGACCAAUUUUGCGACUCGCUCCCAGGCAGGGUUUGUCAGGAUCUUCUACCUUCAGCGGGACUAGUCUUGGGAAUUUUGAUGGACAAAUUUGCUCUGGAGGGGGUCUUAAUCGCAUCGGCCGAGAAGCAGCCGCAUCUGCUGUGAGUCAUUGGUUAUUGAUAAUUCCUUCAUCAUUCACCAGUUGCCGGGUAAAGCCAAUGCUUAUCUGUCAUUUUUAA